AGAAAAAAAAAAUGAGAUGCAAGUACUCCUGCGGUGGUGGUACGGCUUCGAUCAAACGCGAACGGAACGAUGACCACAUCCCGAACAUCGAUGGCGAGGGGUGCUACAUGAAAGAACUGCCGGCCCCACCGGAAACCCACCCGAGCAUCCGGUGGUCGGCUUCGCUGAGUCCGAACGAGCGAGUUUUCUACCACCAGACGUUGAGUUCGGCCCGGCGGGCAGCCAAGUUCGUUACGACCGGUCCCAUCCCGCGCGACUCCUUGGACAUCAACCUAGCCUCACAGUACAACCACUCGGACGAGCUGUUCAAGGGGAAAAACGACGUCGUCAUGCAGGAGGAAACCAUCGGACAGACCACCUUUCGGCGACUGCGCAACACCCGUGACUUGAGUCCGGAGAAAAUCAUUCCCCUCAAACAUCCGCUGCAGAUCGGUGGCCUACAGGAGAAAGCGUCGCCCAACACGGUCAAACUGAUGAACACCGGACCGCACACGCCGCUGACGAAUCCGGGCUACUCGCGCCAAUCGGGAGACGGCAACUUCUUCAACUACUAGUGAGCCAACAGGGAUUUCGGACCAAGAGUGAACAGCCGGAGACAAAUUUUCGUUGCGACAACGAUGUAAGAAGGAUACCAAUUUAUUUCGCAGGUUGUUUUUGUAUCGUUUCAUACAGUAGAAUAUUUCUUGGGGUUACGCAUGAAUUGUAGCUUAAAAUUUAUAUUCUUCAUUGAAGUAAAAUUAAAUUUAUGUGUCCAUUAAAUUAUGUGAGAAAAAUAUCAUUCUCCAAGGUUCUAAUCUAGUCGGACUUACCGUCUCUGUUGUUGGCUUUAGUCGGUUUGAUGCAUUGGAGAGGAUUUGCGGCUUCCUCGGGCGAUGUGAAGUGACUCCGUCAAGAUAGGUCGAAGUUGUUGGGAUGUUGGGAGAUAAGGGCUUAUCUGAAAGUACAAAACUAGUCUGUGUUUGGAUCUGGUCUGGAACAAAUAGCUGGAACUUAACGGUAAUGUAUCAGUAACCUAGAAAGAGAAAAUCUCGAACUCGUGGCAACUCGCUAACCCGGUGACUGGAAACAGGACAUUUUUUUUCGUGCACUUGAAUGAAGGGAUAACCAGCAGUGUUCAAUCUUGUAGCAGUCAAUGUUAACUGAUUGAAUGUUAUGUUGAGAAAGUUAUAACAAUGGAUAGUGUAAAUCCGUUUAGAAAACAAAUAGCAAAACAAAAGUAAUAGCUACUUUCAGAUUGAACCCUCGGUCUAUCCCUUCGUAGGUGCUCGUAAAUUCGGCUGCCGGCUGGAAAACAGCUUGCCAGGAUCUCAGGAAACACACCCUCUCUUUCUCCUAGCUCAGCGACAAAACUCUCCCCAACUUCUGCAACGUGCGCGAUCAACAGCACUCGUUCUCAUAAACUGCGUUGUGAUGCCCUGGAUCGAAA